AUGUCAACAUCAAGUCAAAAUAAUGGGAAGAAGAGUUCCAACAGCUCUAUUGUCAACACACCUUCCAGUACUCCUGUCACACACAUAGCCAAUGGUAGUACACAGAUGAAUGUUCAAAAUUCUCCUCCUCCAAACAAUGCUCCUAAAUAUGGCACCCUGGUACCGAACAGAAUCUUCGUGGGCGGCAUAUCGGCGAACACCACCGAAGGCGAGCUGAUGCAGCUGUUCAGCAGCUACGGCACCGUCAAGGCGGCGAAGAUCAUCCAGGACAGGGCCGGCGUGUCCAAGGGGUACGGUUUCAUCACCUUCGAGAGCGAGGACGACGCGAAGAGGCCGCUGCGGGAGGCCGAGAACAUCGUGCUCAGAGAGAGGAAGUUGAACAUUGCGCCGGCCAUCAAGAAACAACCUUUCAGCCGAGCCUUCGACGCUUCCAGUCCGACGGCGGUGGCGGCCGGCAAUCCGGCCCCUUUUUUCUUUCCGCCUGGGGCGGCGGUGCCCUACUUCCAGGGCGGGGUGGCCUACUACCCGCAACCCAACCCCGCCGCUCCUGGCGAUAUGAACGGCCAGCAGCCUGUGUACCAACCUCCUGCAGUGUAUCCGACACAAACCGGCCCACCCCAGACUGCCGCUUACCCUUCUAUGAUGUUCCCAGCACAGACUAUCUACAUGCCCCAGCAAUAUCCCAUGCCUAUGCCGUACGAUUACAACUUUUACCAAACCAACGGCGGACCACCUUCCACCCAGUAUCUGCUUGGGAAUCAAGGGGGCCCCGGAGGCCCACAAUGUGCCCCCAUGCAGCCUUCUACUAGCCCACCGAGACCGCCAUGCUAUAGCCAACAGAUGCCAGCUUACAACCCCGCCGACUCCAUGUUCUACAACCUACCUGUUUAUGGUGCCACAUUAGAGGGACCACCCAUUUACAGUGAAGCUUAUGACAUGGCCGCCACUGGACCCUACACAGAGGACAACUACAACCAUAACCACAUGGCCGACAACACACCACAAGAUAACGAAUCGUCCACCGCCCAAAACACCACUCAAAACAACAAUAAUCACCACCAUCUCUCGAACAAUCAGCUCGGCAACGACAAACCAACGCCGCGACAAACUGAAGACGUUCCUCACCGAAGAAACUCGCACACGCCGGUCGUUUCUCUCCUCUCCAUCGAUCAGCAACAAGAGAAGGACUACUCCUCAAUGCAAAGCGGCCGGCGGCGCAAACCACCCCCUCCACACAACCCCCUCCCCGUCUAUCACACGAACGGCUACGACCAUCGCAAAUCACCCUCUAUAAAAGUAUCAAAAAAGUGGAAGAGUAUCAGAAAAAUGUAUUUCUUCAACAAACAUUUAUCCAAGAAAUCUAAAAUUAUUUCAAUUUCAUCAACUUUGGAAGGAUAUUAUUUUUUAAUGUACGAUCACCUCCAGAAAGCUCGGUACACUUUUUUGAGUCACCCUGUAUAA